AUGAGGCGCUCAGCUGAUUUGGAAAUCGAGAUUAAUAAAACCCUAACGUUUGACGUUUUUCAAUCCGAAUCAAUGGCGUUAGAAGUUGUGGUUGAUUCUGAUGAGGAUUUCCGUGAACUCGAGACUAAUGUAAGAACAGCUAGAUCAGCUGAUGAAGAAGAUGUGUACACAACUAUGAUUCCGUCGACCACAGUGAACAUGACUGAGGCAGCUCCAACAGCAGAUCCAAAUCCUCGACUUCAAAAUGUAGAUUCAGAUCGCACGGACGCAGAAAUACCAAGAAAGCGUUUUACAACUCAGCUAAUUGUUGAUAAAUCGAAUAAGUAA